UGUGUGUGUGUGUGUGUGUUGUGUGUAGCGCCUCGUGCCCCCACUAACUGGCGUCUGGGGAAGCUCCUGGGUCAGGGAGCGUUCGGCCGAGUCUUCCUCUGCUACGACGCAGACACUGGGCGGGAGCUCGCCGUCAAACAGGUGCAGUUCGACCCCGACAGCCCGGAGACCAGCAAGGAGGUGAGUGCUCUGGAGUGGGAGAUCCAGCUCCUGAAGAAUCUGUUCCACGAGAGGAUCGUCCAGUACUACGGCUGCCUACGGGACACACACGAGAGGACGCUGUCUAUCUUUAUGGAGUAUAUGCCUGGGGGUUCCAUCAAAGACCAGUUGAAGUCGUACGGCGCCCUGACGGAGAACGUGACGCGCAAAUACACUCGCCAGAUCCUGGAGGGCGUCUCCUACCUGCACAGCAACAUGAUCGUCCACAGAGACAUCAAAGGGGCCAAUAUCCUGCGGGACUCUGCUGGAAACGUAAAGCUGGGGGACUUCGGAGCGAGUCGCCGUCUCCAGACCAUCUGCCUCUCCGGGACGGGCAUCAAAUCGGUGACGGGAACGCCGUACUGGAUGAGCCCGGAGGUGAUCAGCGGGGAGGGGUACGGACGGAAAGCCGACAUCUGGAGCGUGGGCUGCACGGUGGUGGAGAUGCUGACGGAGCGGCCGCCGUGGGCGGAGUUCGAGGCGAUGGCGGCCAUCUUUAAGAUCGCCACGCAGCCGACCAACCCCGCGCUGCCGGCACACGUGUCGGACCACUGUAGAGACUUCCUGAAGCGCAUCUUUGUGGAAACCAAGCUGAGGCCGGCGGCCGAGGACCUCUUGAGGCACAUCUUUGUUCACUAGAACCCCCCAACCCCAACCCCAACCCC